CACAGACACUACACAAAAAGCUCUUACCUGGCCCAAACGGCGUCAAGGGCGUCAACUAUUACCGGAUUUGCUAAAGAAGUUGGGGCUGCAGCCCCGGCCCCCAAGCUCGAUCACCAUUACUAAAAGCAUAUAGUACAGGCACGGUCGCGAUGAACGAUUCGGACGCGCGGGGAGCGGGCGGCCGCGCUCCUCGCGGCGGUCGCGGGAACGCAACGCCGGGCAAGCUGCUGGGCUUCGUCUCUAGCCCUCUGCAGCUAAUUACCAAGACGGUGAAGGGGCUUGUUUCGCCUGGCGAGUCGCGCACCGCAAGUGCAGGAGCCGCCACGACUCCGUCGCCGGCCGCUCAGCAGCCCGCUGCCGCAGCUCAGCAGCAGCCAAAGAAGAAGGUCGACGAGGGGCCCAGCUCCUUCUCAUUUCCCACCCUGAGCGGGGCAGACGACUCGCCUCCUGCUAACGCACUCUUGAGGCCUGCGGUGGCGCCCUCGCCCUCCGCUAAAGCCGUGGCGCCGGCCCCGGCGCGGCUGGCAGCAGCCCAGGCCGCCAUCGCCGUCCCAGCCGUAGUCAGUUCUUCUGAGCUCAUGAACGGCUGGUCACCGUCAAAGCUAGCGUCACUCAACUUCUUCCUCAGUGGUGUCGCCCAGGCGAAACCUGGGCCCAGCGCGUUGGCAGAGCCCGCCGCUGCGCUGCCGUUGGCGCGGGCGCCGGUUCAGGCACUCACGCUUGCGCCGACGCCGAUGCCAUCGUUUGACCCAGUGCGGUCGACGGAGGUAUUCCGGCCGUACCAGGGGCUGAAGGCGCUGUUGCGCGCCGGGCCUGGUGGGUUGGUGAGCGGUGGCGGCAGUGACACGGCGGGGCCGAAUGGCUUUGCGUUGGGGCUGCCGCAGCAGCCGGGCAGCAGCACGGAGCCGCUGGGGCUGCCGGCCGCGGGGCCAUCAUUCGGUGGCGCGGCAGGGCGACCGCCUCUCGGCAACAGCCUGCGCUACAAUCCGUACGGCCGUCCCAACCUACCGCGCCCCCCUCGCGUUGCGGGCCCCAGCGGCCCAGCCGCCAAGGAUCAGGCGCCCACAGACGCGGCCGGCAACGCACCCGAGCAGCGCCAGCAGCAGCAACAGCAGACCUCUCUGGCGGUGGCGACUGCACAGCUGCCGACGGGCGUACCGCCGGCCGGUCCCGGCCCCAGCGGCAUGCCGCCGCGGCCGCCCACUGCCGCGGGUGGUGUGCGCCUGGCUCCGGGCCAGGUUGCGUUCGCCUCGGGUCGGUCGGGCACGCCCCUGCCCAAGUUCGGGCCGCUGGGGCUACCGGGUGCGGUGCCGGGCGCGCAGGGUCAGGCGGCAGGGGCGCAGGCUGGUGGUUUCCGGCCGCUGCUAGGCGCGGCGGGCGCGGGCACGAAGCGGCAGCGGGAGAGCCCGGCUGCGUCGCCGCUCAUGGCGUCCGGCAUCCGCAACCUGUCAGAUUUCAAGCGGCGGCGGCAGGCCAUGGCGCAGCAGCCGCGCUCCGUGCUAGCGGGGCUGUCGGCGCGCACACCGCGUGACACCACUCCCGUGAAUUCGGACGGCGAGCGCACACCGGGCGGCUUUGGCAGUGGCGGCUCGGGUGCGGGCGGCGCCUCUGCCGCCACCACGCCGGCGCCUGCGCAGGGCACGCCGGGCGCUGGCGGCGAGCUGCCCGCCACCGAGACGGCUCGGAAGAUUCUGGAGACCCUGGACAACUUCGCGCGGGCCGCGGACAAUAACACGCCGAUGGCAACCACCUCGAAGCACGGCGGCCACGCGAGCGGUCGUGGGGGCGCUGGCGCCGGCGCUAUUGGCGCCGGCGGCACCCCGCUGCCUGGUGGCUUCAUGCCGCCGCUGGACCGGCUGGACCAGAACCACUACGGCGGCACACCCACGCCCGGCGCUGGCGCAGUGGCCGGCACCGGCGGGUUCGGCGUGUCGGGUGCGACGCCGUCGCCCGCGGGAGGCAUGACCGCGCACGCAGGCCAUACACCUGGGCCGCGCUUGGCCCUGGACUUCCAAAGCCCGGCACCGUCUCCGGCACCCUCGCUCCGCCCUAGCGCUGGCCAGGACGCGGGUGCUAGCCCGGCGCCGGCGAAGUCUGGCGCCAGCGGUGCGUCCACUCUGCCAAUGAGCCCCAUCGUCAUGCCGCCGGCCCAAGUGGGCGCCGCAGCCGACCGUGCCGCAGGCGCUGGCGCGGCCAGCAGCAGCGCACCUGCGACCGGCGCAGCUGCCACAUUUGGCGCCCCCAGCAGCAGCGCGGCGGGCGGCUUCGGGUUCAGCUUCGGCAAGGGGGCGGAGCAGGCCGCGGCUGCCGGCACCACCACCACUGGCAUGGCUGGGGGCUUCGGCUUUGGUGCGGGCGCAUGCAGCGCCGCGGCGGGUGCGGCGGCGGACGCGGGCGCGGCCUCGCCCAAGUUCACCUUCCGUGAUCCUGGGGCGCCUUCGGAUCCCCGGCUCAAGAAGGCAAACGAUGUGAUCGCGCAGGCGGUUGCUUUGGGAUUUGUGAGCGCAGCCGAUGCGCCGACCUUCACCUUCACACCGCCCAGUGUCGGUGUGGAGGCGGCGGCGGCGCCCAGCGCCGCCACGCCGGCGCCUCUGAGCAGCCCGGCGGCGGCGGCGGCAGCUGCGGCUGGGUCGCCUUCUGCUCAUGAGGAGGUGGCCAAGGCCGCGGCCGUGCCGUUGCCGGACGACGACGACGAUGAAGACGAGAAUGACGCCGGGGCGGCGGUCGCGCCCGCUGCGGCGCCGGCAAGCAAGCUGCCGCCCGGCCUAGCCAAGCGGGUGGCAUUUGCUGAUCCGGGCGGCGUUACCCCUGACAAGGCACACGAGAACGGUGGCAAGGGCGACACGUCGGGCGUGCCUGUUGCCUCCACUCCACCUCCCGCGACGCCGGGCGCUGGCGGCUUCUUCAGUGCUGUCAACGCCGGCAGCACUCCGUUCCGGCCGGCCGGCGGUGAGGUGCCGCCGGAGACGCCCGCCCCAACUCCGGCGCCCGCCAAGGAGUCGUCGACCCCCGCCUUCUCAUUUGGAGCGCCGACCACGGCGGCUGCGCCUGCGGCGGCGCCCGCUGUCGCUGAGGCUGCGAAGCCCGCUGCGCCGGCGUUCUCCUUUGGUGCGCCCGCCACCACCACUGGAGGCUUCAGCUUUGGCGCGGCUGUGACGGCGGCGCCAGCAGCAGCUGCAGCCGCUAAGGAGGCGGAGAAGCCCGCGGCCCCCGCCGGAGCGUUCACGUUCGGCGCCCCUGCCUCCUCCACCCCCGCCUUUGGCGCCGCCGCCGCCAGCGCGCCUGCCACCUCUUUGCCGGCCUUUGAUGCCGCCACCACGACCACGCCAAGCGCGUCCGCGCCGGCUACCGAGCCAGCGAAGGCGGCGCCGGCCUUCACGUUUGGCACGGCGCCGGCAGCCGCUGGCGGCCAGGUGCCGGCAUUCGGCGCAGCAUCGCAACCAACGACCGCAGCUGCAUCCUCCGCACUCAACUUCACCUUCGGCGCUGCCCCCACCACCUCGGCCAGCACCGCCGCCACCACGGCCGUUGGCGCGGCCCCUGCCACCAGCAGCGGUCCCAGCUUCGCCUUUGGUGCGGCACCAGCUGCGGCCGCCAGCAGCGCCGCGGCGGCGCCGCCCAGCACGGCGGUGACCGCUGCUCCCGCGCCCAUGUUCGCCUUUGGCGCCGCCUCUGCUGCCGCGCCCGCGACAUCCACGUUCGGGGCAGCGGCGCCGGCUGCUGCGGGUGCCGGCUUCGGCUUUGGAGCUGCGGCCUCGGCGCCGGCGGCUGUUAACACGGCCGCUACCGCAACCAGCUUCACGUUCGGGGCCCAACCCCCGGCUAGCACCAGCGCCCCGGCCGCGGCUUCGGGACUCAACUUCACGUUCGGGGCGGCUGCAGCAUCUGCGCCUUCGUUCGGCGCGCCCGCAAGCGCGCCUGCGUUUGGUGCUCCCGCCAGCGCCCCUGCGUUCGGGGCGGCGGCCAGCGCGCCGUCCUUCGGUGCACCGGCGGCAGCGGCGGCCUUCGGAUCUGGAGCGCCUGCCGGUACUUUUGGCGGCGCGGCAGCCGGUUUCGGUGCUGCGUCCACACCCGCGCCUGGCUUUGGCGGCGCGGCCUCAGCCUUCGGCUCGCAGCCGGCACCCGCGCAGCCCGCAUUCAGCGCUGCGGCUCCCUCCUUUGGGGCGCAGCCGGCGGCAGCACCCUCGUUCGGCGCGGGUGCGGGCUUUGGCGCGCAGGCGGCCAACGGCGGUGCGCCUGGUAGCAUGUUUACGUUUGGUGGUGGUGCUCCCGCGUCUGCUCCAGCGCAGUUUGGGACCGCACCCGGGUUUGGUGCUGGCACGUCGACGUUCGGCGGCAUGCAGGCCCAGCCUUCGGCGCAGUCGUUCGGCGGGUUUGGUGCUGGUGCGCCGGCGCCCGCGGCGCCCGCAUUUGGCGCCGCGCCUGCCUUCGUCGGCGCAGCACCGACAUUUGGCGCCGGGGCGCCGCCCUCCCCUGGUGGUGGCGGCGGUGACGCGGGCGGCUUCAACCUCGGAUUCGCGGACACGCCCAAAGACGGGCGCAAGCGGGUCAAGGCCCGCCGCCACGGGGCGUAGUGCGGGGCGCUGGUGCUGUUGAUAGGGGGCUAGGGCAGGUGAGAGCUGUUGCAGGUGUGAAACGGUGUGAGCUGCAGGUGUGUGCUGGGUUGCACGGCCACUGUGUGUGGGCUAGGCUAUAGGCUGAUGAGCGCAUUUCAUCGGCGCAGGAAGAGUGUUUGCGUGCACGCUCGGAGGUUGGGGCUGCCAGGGCAUGCGUAACGGCAUGGCGAGUAGUGCGGCUGUUGACAAGUGUGCUGCGUCUGGCUGCGGUUGGCUCUGCUGUGGCAUCGCGAUUGCUAGGCACCUGGUUUGGCUAUUUGCCUGUGGAAACCGACCCCGGCUAUGUCCGGGCGAUGAGGUUGUUCGGCCUCAGACUGUGGAGGGGCUCAGCCCCUUUUCCCGUGACCGGGGAACACGUGUCAUGUGCGCUGUCAUGAGGAUUACAGCGUUGUAGAUGCGUGAAUGUCCGGCUGUCAGGGCAAGGGUGCAAACGCUCUAUCAGUGACAGUACGCUAGCUGUCAGCCGCGGGGUGCUGUAACCGCUGUAACGCAGAGUGUGC